UGUAAAUAAUGUCGUACUAAACAGUUAUAUAUGCGUUUGUUUAUUUCUACGCAAUUUGUGAAAGUAUUUAAAUAAUAAAUAUUUAUAAUAAUUAAUAAUCAAUAAUUUAUAAAUCAUUAUUUAUUUAAUGAUUAUAAAUAUUUAUUAAAAAUGUCACUACAGCAGCCUUGUGAUACACUUCGAGUGUUACACUUACCUCCGUACUUGAGUGAUGAAAAAAGAAAUGAAUUGUUUAAAAAAUUUGGUGCUGAAUGUACAAGAACGAUUAGAAGAUCAGAUUCAUAUACAACGACAUUUGUUAAAUUUCCGUCAACGGAAUUAGCGACCAAGGCAUUUUUACAAUUGCAUCAGCUGGAAAUAAAAGGACAAUAUUUGUCUGUUGAAUUUGCUAAAAAAUCAUUUGUCGGUGACAAAGAUGAUAAUUUAUUAUUUAAACCAGGGUCGAUAAAUGUUGAUGAUCAAAAUGAUAACGGAAAUGCUAAACAUUUUCAAGCUUUUAUUGAUAAAUUAAAUACCUGGACUUCAACUUAUAAUUUUUCACAGCCACCACCACCAAAUAUUUCUUAUAAAUAUCCAUUACCUACGAGAAAUAUUUUAUUGAGAAUUUCUAUUCAACUUUUGAGAGAACCUGCGUUUUAUACUCAGGUUUUACAUUUAAUGAAUAAAAUGAAUUUACCGCCACCUUUUGAAGAACUAGAAGCUGAAUUCCCGAGUUUAAAAGAAGUAUAUAAUAUGGAAAAAUAUAAAGAUAUUUUUGGUAACAUUAAUGCUGAAAAUGAUGACUCUUUAAUGACUGAUAACUUCUAUAUGAUGGGAGAUGAUGAUAAUGAAGGUGAUGGAGAAGAUGAUGACGGUGACGAUGAAGAGGAUGAUGAAGAAUCAGAAAUGGAAUCAGAUAAAGAAGAAACAAAUAAAUUAAAAGAGUUCAUUCCUGUCAAAAGAAAAUUACCAGCGACAAAAAGAAAAAUGAAAAUUCCGAAAUUUGUAAAUCCUACAAAACAUCCAACGCCUGUUACUUCAAAACAAAAAGUAAUAAGGCCACAAGAUGUAUUUGAGCGAGUUCCAAUUGAAGAGACAAAAAAGAAGACUGUAUCAAAGAGCGAUAGCAAAUUACCUGAUAAAAAUUUAGAUACUAAUGUAAAUGAUCGAGUUAUUUUACAAUCAGAAGGCGGGUUCGGUUUAAUACUUCCGGCUAAAAAAACUGAUGAUGAGAAGGAAGAGAAAAAGGAAAGUGAGAAGCCAAGAGAAUUUAUAACUUCUGAAGAAUUAGCGAGCAAUCGAAUAUCUGCAAAUGAGCAAAGAUUGUUCUCAGAAUUUAAAAAUUAUCAUCCAGGCAAACCGUCGUGCCGUUUGUACAUUAAAAAUUUGUCGAAAGAAGUAACUGAAGAUGAUUUAAAUUAUAUUUAUCGAAGAUACGUGAUACCGAGUUUAGAAAACUCCGAGUCACAGUUUAAUGUAACAUUAAUGCGCGGCGGACGUAUGAAAGGUCAAGCUUUUGUUACAUUUCAAAAUAUGGGACAGGCGCAACUGGCGCUUAAUGAUACUAAUGGUUAUAAACUUAAGAGUAAAUAUAUGGUUGUACAAUUUUCUAAUAUGACAAACAAAAAAUAAUAAUAUCCCGUUUAAAAAAAAUUCGUUUCAAAAACGAUCAUGACAGUGAACUUUCAAAAUUUAGUCAAUUCUGAACUUUGAGUUAAAUAUUUUUGGAACUUUAACAUGAUUACAAGUGUGAAAAAUUUUCAACUAAUGUGGACUUUUCUUGGAGGUCUCUAAUUUUUUUGAAAUUUUUUAAGCCAAAAUAAUUUGAAUUCACAAUUUUGUGAGUUUAUAAAAAGUUCAGAAUUAGUUCAAAUCAUUCUUUUUUGGACUAUUGUUAAACGAGUACGAAAAGUGAAAAAAAAUCUGAAAAUCGCCUGACCCUGUGGGCCAGCCCCAAAACUUCCCGCUGUUUUCGAGCUCGAAGAACUCAAAACUCUGUUAAGCGGGUGAAACAUAUCUUCAUUGAAAAAAAAAAAAUUUUUUUCCAACGAUAUCGUAAGCUACUUGACUGAUCGACGCCAAAAUAUAAUCAAUUUUAAGUCUUGGUGAGGCCUUUCGAUUGCCACCAAGUAAGUUCAAAUCGGUUGAUUCGCUCCAAAGAUAUCGUUGGACAAAAAAAGUUUACACACACACACACACACACACGCACGCGCGGACGUCCAUCCAGAAAUAGUCAGAAUAGCUCCCUAGGACCUCAAAACGUCGACAUCUGAUGAAAACUCGAUUUUCAAAAAUCGAACCGAAACCAAUAACUUCCCUUUUUUGAAAAUUUGCAAUUUUCAUAGCGGGAAGUUAAAAAAAAACUGACUCCCAAAAAGUCCUAAUAAAAGUCAGAAAAUUUUCAUAAAUAUUUUCAAAUCAUUUUUAUUUUUUUUUCCUCAUAUCUGAAUAAUUCUGGUACGAGUCGUAAAUUUUCAUAAUUCCUAUUUAUUUUUUUUUUUAUUCUUCAAACCCAAAAAUGUUCAACUUAAAGUUCAGAAUUGUCUCAAUUUUGGAAGUUCAGUCAUGAACGUUUUUGGAAAAAUUCUGGAACGAAUUUUUUUUACACGGGAUCAUACAAUUUUAUUUUAUUUUUUUUUUCUUUUCAAAUCAAAGCACUAGUGCUCAAUAUUUAAGUUAAUCAAGAUUUUUAUACAGUAAAUAAUGUCUAAUUUAUUUUUACUUUUAAUUGUCACUUAAAUGGACUGUUAUCAAAACUUAAUAAUUUUAUAUUUUUUUAUUAUCGAGAAGUGCUUCCAUUUUCAAAUAAUUUAAAGUAUUAUUUUUAACGAAUUAGAAUUUAAAAAAAAAUUAAGUUACUUAUUAAUUGUAAUUACUUUUAAAAGAUGUAAUAUCUUGUGUUAUAAUCGGCAGAAAAAUAAGACUUGUUGUAAAUAAAAUUUUUUCACAAUAAAUUAUUGUAAAUAAACAAGAUACUGAACUUAGCCGACGUCUAUUAAUUUUAAAAUUUUUAAAAUUGCACCUAUACAGGGUGGCCACGAACCGGGAAUAUCGGGAAUCAUCAGGGAAUUUAAUGCAACCGGGAAAUAUCAUGGAAAUGUCAGGGAAUUUCGAAAAGUAUCCGGGAAUUAAAUUGCAACAGUUCAAAAUUUUAAAAAUUUAAAAUUAUACACUAGUUAUAAAAAUUAAGGGAUAUUCAAAACAUUUCAAAUUUUAAAGUGAUUUUCAACAGGUUGUGACUCGAAAGAAAAUGGUCAUACGACAAAAACAAAAAUGGCAAAUUGUAGCUUCAAGUGUCUAGUUUUCUGAUCUGGUCUUUAAAUUUUUUUAUUAUGUGCGGUUCCGAAGUAAUCCUAAGAAAACUAUCGAAAAAGAAAUUUACCAAAUUUUUGCUCGUCUUAAAAACGGUCUUCGAGCUUCAAUAAAUUUUUUUCGAUAAUUAUGAUUGAUUUUUGGUUGCUCCGGAACCGUGCAUAAUAAAAAAAUUUAAAGACCCAGAUCAGAAAACUAGACACUUGAAGCUACAGUUUGACUUUUUGUUUUUAUUGUACGACCAUUUUCCUUCGAGUUACAAACUAUUGAAAAUCACUUUAAAAUUUGAAAUUUUUUGAAUAUCCCUUAAUUUUUGUAACGAGUAUAUUUUGAAUUUAUUUAAAUCAUAAAAUUUCUUAUUAAAUAUUUAUACUUAUACAUUUUUAACAUCGAGUAAUCAAAAGUAGGCAAUAUUAAUUUAUUUUAUUGCCAUUUUUUCUGAUUUCUCGCAUGAUUUAAUUAUCAAAUUUAAUUAUUAAAAUUGAAAAUAUUAUAAAAACUUUGAAUAUCUAAAUGAUACGAAUAAAAUUUCUAAAUCAGGGAAAAAUGUGAAAAACUUUCCUGGAAAACCGGGAAAUAUCAGGAAAUUUUGAAAUCAUUUCUUUGUGGCCAUCCUGCUAUAGUUUUUUCCAUUUCAUACAUGCGCGUUUUUUUUAAAUUCAAAAAUUCAAAAAUUUUUAAUUGUCCGCUAACUUCAGGAUCGCCAAAUUAUUUUUAAAAAAUUCAAACGUCACAUUAAAUUCAUUUAAAAUUCGUCUACUUUGCCGCGAACUUUUGAAUUCUCAUUGGUCCAUUACAGCCAAUCAUACAAAUCCAAUUUUAUUUUUUUUAUUUUUACCCUUUGCUUCGUCAUCGCGUUAUAAGUCCGCCGACUUGUAUUUGUAUUCAAGACUUUCCCCUCCAUGUUCAUAAAAAUAAUCACGUACGCACUCACAUGCUCGCAAAGUAGGGGAGUUUCAGUAUGAUGUCGACUUCUGGCCUAAGUGGGGGUACAGGAAUUCUUAGAAUUCUGUUCCCCUACACCCCCAUAAGCGGGUUCAUAACGCGACUAGUCUGUAAGUGUACAGUGUACUUACAUACUUAUACUUUAUAUGUCGAUUGUAACUUGUAACUGCGCAAAAUCAGCCGCGUCAGCCGGGGUCGGCGCCCGCCUGGCAUCAUCUAGUACUAAAAAUCACAAUCAGGGGGCCAUAUGUUUGGCGUUUUUUUUGUAGUGUCAGCCACCGUGUCACAAUUGUGAUUGUGUGGUCUUAUGUAUCCCUAUGUGUUGAUUUAAAAAAAAAAAAAAAAAAAAACGUAAAUAAGUAAAGUAAAGUAAAAAAAAAAAAAAAAA